CAGUUAUAAAUAAGAUGAGUUCCUAUUGCAGGAAGCUUGGCUGCUUCUCGAGAUUGUAAUCUGGAUGGGUGGAAGCUCCUGACCUGAGUCUUCGGUGUGGCUGACUGGACAGACAGGCCCGGGUUGCCUGCCUUCUGCAUUCCAACCGACUGGUUUCUAUACAAGGCUCUAAAUUAGCCCACAGCCCUCAUGUGCUCAUUUGAAUAAGGCGUAUUCGUUGGGCAGAAGGUCAUGUUGUUGACACCAUUGCUGAGGUCGCUUGCCAGGACACCAGUAGUUCAGAUCCGUGGUCCGUAGUCUUGGCAAAAAAAGUUAAAAAUCACGCGGGGACUUAGAACUCCCACAAUGCCCAGGCCACUAUCAGAGGAUCUCGAAGGUGGGAGCCAGGCGGUGGCAGUGGGUGUGAAUUCCUCAGGUAGCUCCUGUGUGUAGACUGUGCUGAAAACUGGUGUCGACCCGCUUCGCACCUUGAACUCUUCCUUGUGACCGUCUGGGUAGGUUUAAUUUGGAGGCAUCAGGUAGGCCUCGCUUACAGUAACCACGUGGACAGCUCUCACAGCUGUUACCCUGGACUUUAUAGACUUUGCGUCACUUCUUUCCCCAAAAGCUUUUGAAGGAAUAUAGAUGUAAAAAUAGGUGUGAGUACAUUCGUGUGGACGAUAACACACUCCCAGUGGCACACGUGUGUCCUUGAUGUGUAAAUGUGAAGCUAGACAAAAUGAUAUAUAAUGAGCCCUUUUUCCCUACUUCCUUUAGCGUUCAGUCUUCCUUCUCCCCUCAAAAACGGGAAAGAUUAAUUAGGAAUAAGUAGGUGGCAUUUGUCAAAAGUUGUACACUUUUUCCUUCAAGGUGGCUGGUAGCCCUGUGGCCUCUAGCCACCUUGGUUCUUGAGUCAUCUAUAAAUAGCUGACAGGGUGUGACCUCCUCCAUCUGCUCCCUUUGAUCCUCCUAUGAGACCGGAGGCCGAGGCCUUGAGGCCAAUGUGCCCUCUCCUCUCCCACCCACCAGGCACUGUGGUGCCCGGCCUCAGGGCCUCCUUGCUCUUUUCACCGGAAGCUUUCUGUCUCUGCAGGGAGCUUCACACUCCAGGUAUCCCCUUCAAUUAAUAUCGGACAGCACCACACUUCAUGUGCUGAAAUGCCUGAAGGGGCUCCUGCUCUGUUUGCGGCUGUUUCUGUGUGUUCGCAAAGCCAUCUGUUGCAAUCUGAAGGGAGGCCUAGCCUUCAGCAUCCUGGAUUCCCAUGGUCUCUCUUUCAGUACCUUAACCUAGUACAUGUCACCAUAGAUCUAGGACCAAGAUCACAAAAACUGGUCCCUAAAAAUAAGUGUUUGAUUUCUCCUUAGAUUUAUACUGGAAAUAAUGUGAAGCCCGAUCUUGCAAGGAUGAAGCAAGGCCUUGCUCUUAAAACUAAAACCGCUCAGGAGUAGUACUAAAUACUCUUUGGUACCAGGACACUGGAGCCUUUUCCACUUACUGCCUGUCAACCAUGUCUUCCAUUUAAAAAUGAAGACCUCUCAGGGAAGAAACGAGCUAAUACAGAGAACAAUUCAUGACCCAGUGAAGUAGGAACUGUUUAUUAUAAAAGAUUGAUACUGCGUCACCGUGCAAAGACGGGCAUCCUCUGACAUGCCGGGUUUCUCCCAUAAGCAAGGCUCUACUUAAGCUGGUGAGCUCACCAUAGUGAGGGCGUUGGAAUGCAGUGCUGACUCAGAACUAAUUGUAGCUGUGUGAUCUCACUGCCCCAGGUAAGGCAUGGUAUAAAAGGUAUCAUCAAGGCUGCUUUCCCCCUGUCAAAACGUCACCCAGUCUUCUGUUUAGAAGCUGGCCCUGUACUAGUCUGUAGGGUGCUUAGGUGACGCUGUGUCUUUGAAUUAGGCACCAGCGUCAGCACCUCCGGGCUCAUUUCCCUUUUCCUUUUAUCUUACGCAAAGUGAUUUUAUUAAGUUCUUAAAAUAUUAUUACUACAAGGUUACUUUGGUUUAAGCCAUGAAGAUAGACUUCCAUUCCCUUCAGACCGUGAGGAGAGGCUUCUCAGACUCAUUUGAGUUAAAGUACCCCCGUGUGAGGAAAAUCGGAGGCCUGCGUAGCGCAUCUUCUACUCAGGAGAAGCAGGAGGCAGUUUGGCUUCUUCAGACGAGAUGAAGCAGAAUACUUCAGAAAGUGAUUUCGUUUCUCAAAGUCACUGGUUUGAGAAGAAUCUCCCGUAAGUUGCAAAAGUCCUGGUCGCAUGGGGUCCAGGUGCAAGAGACAUACUUCUCCCUCAGGAAAUGACUUGUGCAACCCAGACUUACUCUAAUAAUAAUUAAAGUUAAAAUGUCGUCUCCUCAAAUGAGCUCUUAGAGUUCCUUUGUUGUUUAUAGUAAUGAAUGUGACUGAGGACCAAGGACACAUGACAGUUUCGAGGUAUUAAAAACGUAUCAUUCUGCAAUAAAGCUAUGUUAUAGGAAAUGGACGAUUAUCAUGUACUGAUAUAUUCAGCAUUAAGAAUAAAUCCAGAUCUUUUUUCUAUUGGCGACUUUUAUAAUCUCAAGCCCCCUUAUGACGAUACAUUCUUUCUGUACGUCCAGUGCUCUGUAAGGGACUGUGAAACAGACACCAUUAAGAACCCAAGAGAAAGUACAGGAGAUGGCUCAGCUGUUGGAAGAAAGUAUUCAAAUAAACUGAGAGGCAGGAAAUGGAGCCAUUUUGGUCCAGGAGAUCUGAUUCAAAUGACAGUAGACAGCAAAACUGUGUAAGUGUGUGACCCAGGGAAGCCUCACAGGACAAAACCCUGCUUUUACAUUUCCCAUUCAAUCCUCCUCGGACCUCGAGGUCCCAAAGACAAAGCCAAGGAUUCUGUUUCACCAGAGCAAGCCUGAGCAAGAGUACCUGCUGAGCGCAGAGGGGAAGUGUGGCCCCACCCACCAGUGACUGGUACACCAGGAGAUCUUACCUUGGUAGAAUUAAAGCCGCACAGGGUGGUCACAAGAGAACAUCUCCAGAGCAGUUUUGAAAGAGAGCAGGGAUGUGUAAAUGUCAGGAGGAUGAAGGCUAUGUAAAUCCUGCAAAUGGUUCAGAACAGAACUUGGGGUACAGGGCUCAUGCAUUGAGUAUUCUGAACCACCAUGAAGAACUUUAUGCUUUACAAAGCAUCCGAGCCUAAGGGCAAACCUCUUAGCAUGCGCAGGUCCUGCGUUUGAUCUCAGCAACCAAAUAGAAAGCAACUCCUUUUUAAAAAUCUCAGAGGUCCAGCUGGGUGUGUAAGAGCACAGCUCUCCUGGAGGAUUGGCUGCCUGCACUCACAUGGUGGUUCACAGCCGCCUACAACCAGUUCCAGGGGAUCCGACGCCUUUUCUCGAGGUACCAGGCACACAGGUGACGCACGUACAUAUAUGCAGGCAAAACACUGGUGCAUAUAAAAGUAAGUCAACCUAAAAAUGUUAGAGUGUGUCUGUUCAUCUGUCCGUCUGUGCGUACAUAGUACAUACAUGUACUGGGUAUUCGUCCUCCCUUCCACUUAGAGUCAGGGUCUCUCUCUCUCUUUUUUUUUUUUUUCUUUUCUUCUGCAUACACUGGGCUUGCUGGCCCAUAAACUUCCAGUGAUCAUUGCCGUCUCCAUCUCCCAUCCCCAUGCUGGUGUGCUGGCCCGAAGACAUCACUGCCGUGUCUGUCUUUACACGGACUCUGGGAAUUCAGUCUCGGGUCCUUGCACUUGCAUGCCAGGUGCUGUAUGAGCCACCUGCGUCCUCAGUACCAAGUCACCCUUUCGUUUCCUGUUUUAGAUGUGUCUGUCUGGUAUCACAUUCCCAAACAGGUUUCAGUACUGCAGUGUUUUUAAAACAAACAACUUGGGUUGGGGAUUUAGCUCAGUGGUAGAGCGCUUGCCUACCAAGCGCAAGGCCCUGGGUUCGGUCCCCAGCUCCGAAAAAAAAAAAGAAAAAAAAAAAAACAAACAACUUUUAGUUAUAUAAACACCUAUCUUCUGUUUAUAAGCAAUAUCUUGUUUCCAGAGAGCUGGAUAAAACCUUCCUCUGGGUACUUAAGGGACUGGUUUCAAGGAUGUGGGGAGAGGGAGCAGUGUCUCCUCCCGGCCUCUGUACAGACAGGUGCUGGGGAAUUAGAAAUGACAGCACGGGUUCCCUCACUACAACAGUGUGUGCGUGACAGCUUUCAAAGCUCUUCAGGGAGUUAGUUGAGUUAACUGUGUGGCCAUUUUGCCUUAUGAUAAAAAGUAUAAUAGCACAGCUAGGGUGCUUUAAAAGGAAGUUUGCCAAAUAUAAUUUCCAUCGCUUGGACUUAGAGGGUAGUUAUGGAAGGUGAUCGCACUGUAGAGCUGAAGCGGGGCCCAGGAAGUCUUGUCAACCUACUCCUCUUUCUUCCCACAUAGGUCCCCCUGAAACCCGAGUGCUCAGUAAACUGGUGUUUAUUAAAAACAGCAAACUACUGGUUCGGUAGUCAUGGCUAGUUGGUAGGUUUGGUAGUCAUGGCUAGUUGGUAGGUUUGGUAGUCAUGGCUAGUUGGUAGGUUUGGUAGUCAUGGCUAGUUGGUAGGUUUGGUAGUCAUGGCUAGUUGGUAGGUUUGGUAGUCAUGGCUAGUUGGUAGGUUUGGUAGUCAUGGCUAGUUCAUGGAAUUGUGUGCUUCAGCUCUUGCUUUGAGAUCAGUUAUUGUAUUCAGAAUCUUUGAGAUCAGUUAUUCAGAAUCUUUGAGAUCAGUUAUUCAGAAUCUUCUUUGCUUUACAUUUGCAAGUUCUGUUUAAAGUAUCUAGGUUUUUGGUUUAUUCUACACAUACUUACAUACUUGCCUCGUCUCUCACAGUUCAACGUAAGGCCUUUAUGUCCCGGUCAGCUGUUGGCGAUCAUGCUUGCCCAUGGUUCUCCCUGAUGCUCUGAUGGAAGGAGAGCAGACCAAGCCCCAGGCUUACCCUGCCAGCUCUGUCCCUUGGCUUUCUGCUAGGCACUACUUCCUCUAGUCUACGUUCAGAGCAGUCACCUUAAGUAUUUCAAACCUUCAUGCACUGCUUUUUGCUUUUCGUCUUUGAGGCAGGCAGGGCCUUCAAACUCAAACGUCCUGCCCUGGUGCCCAAGUGCUAGAAGACAGUGCAAGCUCCCUCCUCGCUCCCCAGCUGCACCCUUCAUAGACUUUCCAUUCUCGUGAAAACCGUGCAGUCAACCUGACCUUCCUGUACCCUAUCCAUAAAAUUACAUACUUGAGUUUCUAAAUGAGACAGUGGGUUUGCUUUAUGAGAGAGAGAGAGAGAGAGAGAGAGAGAGAGAACUCUGUAUUCCAUUUAAUAUUGAAAAAAAACCAGCCUGCUUACCUUUCAAAUAACAAAUGAUUUAUUUGCUAAUACUUUAAAGCUUACCAUUGAGAGAAUUGAGAGAUCAUUUAUAAAAAUAAAAGGUGGGAUUUGGUAGGUCUAGUCUGAAGUAUCCUGAUCUCAAUCGAAUCAUCAUCAUUUAGACAGUGUUAUUGGGAAAUCAUCUAAGUUAUAGCAUCCAGUCUACUCAGUGAAGAUUACGGUCACUGACACAGACCUUUGACAUGUUGGCUGGAACGUGGGGUACGAUAGACCUUUGCAUCAUCUGACUUUGAAUAGAUAUGGAUGUGUGGGUGGGCAUGGCCUGCUACUCUACUGUAAGCCCUAACAGCAAAAACCAGAUUUCCUGGGAAAGGCGUUCAGGCUCAAAACUGCAGCAGAGAAGCCCUGCCCCAUAAGCUGCAGUCUUGAGACUUCUAAAUUUCUCUUUAAACUGACCUCUGUGCAUGUGUUACAUGAGUUCAUUGUGUGCUGAACCAAGAUACUGGUAUUUCUGCCCAUCUGGGCUGAUAUGCUGGCCCCCAGAAACUCAAGUUUUCCCCAACAUUGGUGCAAAUCUUUUAAGUGAUAAAUUUGAAUGUAUUUUUGAAAAUCCAUUCCGAUUUGUGAGAUUAAAGAAAGAACGCUAAACCUUGGUUUGUUUUUUUUUUUUCAUGGAGACUAAACCUGGAUCUUGCUACAUCCCCAGCUCUUAAGACUGUCUUAGAAAAAUAUGUCUUCUCUAUUGCUUGUUUUGAUUUUUGGGAGUUUUAAGGAGAACGACAGGGAAGGGUGACGAAGUAAAGGUUGAAGUUGAGGGGAGAUCUCAGCACGUUCUGAAACGAACCCUGGGUGUGUUGUUAUUUGCUCAAUUCUUCACUGAUCUAAAGGCAAAGUAACCACCGUCCUUAAAAUGCCCAUAAGUGAUAAAGUGGACUGGUUUGCUAAUGUCUCGUAUUAACCCUUCACCUCUAAGCUGCCUCAUCCCAUAGUGAUCCACAGCAAUCCACCCCUAAGUGUCUCUAUGAAGACAUGGGAGGCAUCUGUGCGUCAAAGGUGCAGAAACAAGCAUAGUACAGCUGUCUCCUAACCAGAGAGAAUGGAUGUUCUAUUGUUCAGUUAUAGCAUUAAAGCUCAAAUCACUGGCUUGUCAAGGAGUAAGAGCUGAAUCCACUUGCAAAAUUGAAACCAGGUAAAGUUCAUUUUUAUGGAUAGCAUGGCAAUUGUGGCAACAAAGGAAAGGCUUAGCUGAUCUUGGUUGUUGUUGUUUCCCCCCCCCCCCUUUGGCCCAUUUCCUCCUGGGUACAUAACUCUACAUUUCAUCUUCACCAAGUAAGAAGUCCAAGUCAGAAAAGGGCUGAGAGGCCUAAAAAGCCCAGCCCUUACAGAACACAUUAGUCUAGCAUCAGCAUCCCAGAUCAGUGUGUGUGCAUAGCCAUUCUCGGUGAUAAGAAAAUAGCUUGUUAUAUUCCAUUAGCUUCCAGCCGCUGGUCUUGGUUCUGUCUGCCAGACUACAUUAGAAGUAGAAACUCUUGUCUGGCAUAGUAGUGUGCUUGUGAUCCUAGAACUGUAGGUAUAAAGAGGCUCAUGAGCUCACAGUCCAGACUGGGCUACAAAGUGGGAGCCUAUUUCCAAAGGGGAGGGGGGAUUAGAAAUCCCUCCAUCUGUUAACCCUGAUUCUGUUACCCCUAAAUGUUCCAUGCUCAGAGAAAGUGCUGUCCACAAGCCUCCACAGAUCUGCUGUGGCCUGGGAUGUUCGUUCCUCGAAGUAUGCUGUUACUCUGAAGCAUCUUGUUCAGAACCAUGUAACUCAAACCUACAUGCUCUGCAAUAGCAGUAUAAAUUCAUAAGUGCUGAGCCAUCUCACCAGCCCCCCCCAAAUUGCAUCUCUGUCCUAAGAGGUUUCUGUGAGAGGAGAGGUCCUUUAUCCACAGUUCUUAUCAAGUUCAGAAGUCCAUGCAAUGUGUGUUCACGUGGUAUCGCCAAUGACAGUCAUGAGCAAGAGGGCAAGCACGAUGCUAGUAGGUUAAAGUUUAGGCAUCAUUUGAUAAUAUUCCCAAGUUACCUAGUGAUACUCCAGGUUCAAGGAAGGGUCAAAGACCGCUUGGUAUAUACAUUAUACUGUACACAUUAGCUGUGGUGGAACAGGCAUGGGAACAUGCACUCUGUUGGUACUGAAGUACUUAAUGUGCACUGAAGAUUUAUAGAAAUGUUAUAAAAGGCACCGCAGGGCUCUGCACUCUAGGCUGAUGGCUUUGCCACUACUCGUGUAGUACUACGGCUUCUCUCAUAUGUCCAUUACCAGAAGGUGGUCAAAUAGAGAACAGAGCAAAACCUGCCUUUUGAUUCUCCUUUCAAGGGGUCAGCAUCGUUGUGUCUCUUAGGAGCUUUAAUGGUGCAAGGUAACAGAAUGUUGUGCCCUUGUUACAACAGAAGCCACCAUCAAGCAGCGGCAUCCUAGGAAACGAGGGAGGGAGCUCCUUAACUCAAGGAUGAAAAGGGAAAGAAGCAGCUGGGCCCCUUUGUUCCUCGGAGAUGACCUGAUUCCCAGGUCAGCCUGCUUUACCCAGCUUUGCUGCUUUCAAGCCUAUGAGGUUUUGUACUGCAUUCAAGUGUGGAUUUCUAAAAGCUCUGCUGGAAGUAAAUUACUGCUUACCUUAGGGAAUAUAUCAAAUAUUUUUAAAAUCACUAAGUCUGGUAGCUUUCAAGGAUUAAUUACCUUAUUUAAUAAUAAAAAAUAUUGGAAAGAACUUUGAUAUUUCUGGGCUGUAUUGAAAAGUAAAUAGCAGGCAUCUAGAACUUGUAAUUUACCAGCGGCAGCCACUCAGCCCAGUAGUCUUAAUUUCUGUUUUUAACUACAGUCCUCGAAUAGUCCAAAUUAGGCUUCCUCGUCUGCAGCCCGAUUUUAUGAAGCUCGGUGGGCUUUUAGGAAGGAAAAUUGUAGCUAUAUGUCUCACCCAGUAGGCAGAUUUCUUCAGUGCGCUCAUGGGCUCUGCUGCUUUCUCCUUAUCUGUUUGCCACACAGCAGCCUGGAGAGCAUGGAUGUGGUCCUCAUGUGCUCAUGUGUGUAUAUGUGCCCUGGGGAGCACGGAUGUGAUCCUCACAUGCUCAUGUGUGCAUACGUGCCCUGGGGAGCACGGAUGUGAUCCUCACGUGCUCAUGUGUGCACACGUGCUGGUACACAUGCUGGUACACAUGCUCAGCCCCUGUAUAGCAUUGGGCAACUGGUGCAGGAGGAGUUCAGAGAUCUAGGCCAACUAUUGCUGCCAGCAAGCACCCGGCCAGCCUCAGCUACCGAGCAGAUCCUGUCUCUAAUUAAAAGAGACUGGCUGAGGAGGAGGCGCGGGAGUGCAGAGGGGUGCCCUUUUUUCUUGGAGAAAUAUUUAAAUUUAAGACCUUGCCCAUCCCCUUCUCACAUUCUUUGUUGAGAAUCAAAGUGUGGAAGCUGAAGGGGUUGGAGUGAAGGUGGUAAGUCAUUUCUCCGCCAGUGAGAUGAGUCAAUUCAAGAUAGAUUAGACUACAUUAAAUGCAGGGUUUGGGGGAGGCCAGGGAAAGGGAGAGAAAGGAGAGGGGGAUAGAAAGAACUCGAGCAGAGAGAAACUGAAAUAUGUGGAUUUGUUGUGGUAAAUAAUAAAAAAUGGUUUCUUUUAUCCAGCGCUAGUGGUGGCACCAUAGAGCCACAGGGCACCUGCGGAACAUUUUCAUCUCACCCGCUAAGCUCCAUCCCAUCUCACACUGCUGCCCGCUACUCUCUGAGCCCGGCAGCAAUCUCUCCACCCAUCCAGUUCCCAAGGCAGGUCGCUGCCAUGCCAGUUUUAUACAGAGAUGGCCUAUCUCAAGGCUCUCUUACUGUGGACUCAAUUAAGUCGGCACAUGAAAGAACACACCACACAAUAACCUCUGAUCCCUUAAAAAUAGUCCUAACAACCUGUAUCUAUGCACAGAGAAGAAUCUUAACAUCUGCCGCCAUGUUCUCCCAGCUCCUCUCCCUUGCUCUGGGCCUUUCCUCAUGCUUCUCCUCCUGCUUCUCCCUCCCUUCUAAAACCUCUGUUCCCGCCUCCCUCCCUUCUCAUCCAAUGACAGGCCUCGUUUUAUCUUGUCUGCCUUCACCUGCAUAAUGACAUCAACCUACAUGGAUUGUAUAGAGAAGAGCCUCUGAGGGAAGGGUUGGGACUGAGGGAUGCUGGGAGAACUUGGAGACCAGGUCUGCCUUGAUAUGUAAAAUAUACACCUCAAUCUCUUGUCCAAAACUAAACUGUAGUUACCUCCUGCCCUUGAGGGAUGGACCCUGAAACUGUAUAAGAAUAAACUACUAUAUCCCAUCCAUUCAAGAGUGGAUUGAAACACUUAUGAAACCAACCUCAGGCUGGAGAGAUGGCUCACCCAACAAACCCUCCUUGUAAGCCUGAGGACCUGAGUUCAGACCCUGACAUGCACAUAAGAGCAGGCCGUGGCAGCCGGUCUUUAAGAGGGUGGAGAUGGCAGAUCCCGGGGUGUCGCUGGCUAACCAGUGUUCCUGAAAUAAUGAGACCCAGGUUCCGUGAGGCCCUGCCUCAGACAUGAGGUGGAGGGUGGUUGGUGGAGGUGUUUGCAUGGCCUCCACACACCCACGUCGAUGAUCAUAGGAAUAUAUCACACCCCACGUUCUCCAGAAAGAGAGCUGGCAUCAAAUAUAUGUGUGUCCAAGAUGAAAGGAGACCAAGUCUCAGAAUCCUUAGGUCUGUGUAAGAGCAAACACCUAUGUCAAAGAUUGGAUCGGAGCUUUUAAGAAAUCCAUCUCAGGCUGGAAGGUGGCUCAGUGGGCAAUCACAGGAAAACAAAAACCUCCGUUUUAUCAUUAUUUGCUCGACAGCUGUGAUCUUGGCAUCAGUCAGGAUUCAUAAGGCUCCAGGACAGACGCGUCUUGAGUCCUGAGGCAGGUGACCCAGCUGUCUGUCUGUCUGACUUUGGCCUCUCUGUGCCCAUUGCCUGUGAGUCAGGUGGUGGUCGCUUGGUGCUGUUAGAACAAAGGGCCUGCCACAGCCUCUUUGUUCCCAGUCGGUGGGCUCUGUUCUGUCCUUGGACACUUGGACUUAGGGUUUCUUUGGAGGUGACUUCUGGCCCCUUCAGUCAGGGUUUCAUUCCUUCCAGUAAAGGUUGUCAAAAAUAAACAGUGUUAAAAUAAAAGCCUUCAGGGGCUGGGGAUUUAGCUCAGUGGUAGAGCGCUUACCUAGGAAGCGCAAGGCCCUGGGUUCGGUCCCCAGCUCCGAAAAAAAGAGCCAAAAAAUAAAUAAAUAAAUAAAUAAAAGCCUUCACUUAGGUGAUUUUCACACAAAUAUAAAUCAGAUUUCAUGGUCUCUCAGGCUAGAGAGUGAAGAAGCCACUCUAUCAUUGGGGGCUAGCCAUGGACAUGGACAAAAGGAAACCAGUCAUCAGCUAGGUGGGGUGGGUAAUGGCUUGAGUCUGGCUUCCUCUUGGGUCCUGCGUCUGAUCUCCUCACUGGCCUCCUAUAGUCCCCAGCACUGGAACUCUUGGUGAAGUUUGCUGUUUUAAUGUGGACAAAUGAGAGUGCAAAGCCUUUGCUUUGCUGUUCCUUGAGGCCUUGCAAACUCACCCUGAAAGUCAGGGACCCACAUUCUGCGUUCGUCUAAACUAGUAGCACAUAGGUUACCACAACUUUUCCUCGCAUUCUUUCAAGCCACCAGUCUGGAUCCAAGUGUGCAUUCACGUAAUUAAAUCCCCAGGCCUUUGGAGGAUUUAUCCGAUUCUGAAAGAUUUGCUCCCACUAUACCCGGCAGUGGGCGGGGCAGUGCACGGGAAGACACACCUGGAAGGUAAACUCUAAGCCCUGCUGUUUGUAGAGGGUGCACGGUAGAUGCAGGACAGUUGGUGUUUAUCAGCCACCUCUUAGGACAGCACAGCACCAUGUUCAUUUAACCCUUCCCCUCAACCUGACAGAACCCCAGCUGUCGGAGAAAACUGGGCCACUGGGAGUAAGGUACACUAGCCAAAGUUUGAUUCAUGCGAACACACGUUAGCUUACAGGGAUGCCACUAGACUCCUCCCAGGGACCUAGCAGUGACUUUCUUCAUCACCUGCUGCCAAGUGCUGGUGGCUCACCAGGUGACUUUUAUAAAAAGGACUCUGACAUCCCAGCUGGUCUGCUGGUGUCUCUUCCUGUCCUGCCCCUCACUUCUCUGCCCUCAUGUCUUUGCUCUAGUCUGUCUGCCUCCACCCCUUCUCCAGAUCCUCACUCCCCUCCCUUCCCCCAAAGUCUGUCACAUGGCAUGAUUUCCCAGGGGCGCACCUUGGCAUGGGCCCACCAGGUAACCCUUGCCCCGAGUGUAUGCCAAGCUACAUUUCAUAAGGAGACUAGCCUUAGAAUCUCUGAGAAUGUGGGGCUGUGGGAGAGUCCUUUAGGGGUGGAAGGAUUGCCUUUGACUUUAUAGAUAGACUUAAUUUUGAUUGAAGGCCAAAAGAAAAUAACUUUUUCCUUCAUUUAGCAAUUGGCAUUUUUGAAAUGUUAUUUGUUGUUAGAGAAAACUAUUGACUUUUUGAAAAUACUGUACAGCUUUGAAGCGACAUAAAAAUGGAAAGUCUUAAAGUGAGCGAAUAAAACCAACCAUGUGGCUGCGUGCCUCCAAGGGAAUAGGCCAGGAGAGCUGAAAUCGGGUGUAGCGAUGUGCACGCUCGCUCAGCAGCCACGGGGCACACGGAGGCAGGCGGUUGGGCAGUGCUCAGCGGCAGGCAGCUGGGACUCCCCUCUUUGGGGGCUUUGUUUAUGCCCUUUCAUCCUGACUUGCAGAGGAAAUGUUUUUAAUGAAAAAAAAAGACAGUCUCCAAUUUCUGGUCUCCUUGGAGGGUCUCAGUGAUGCGGUGCUGGUGGGCCCGGUGCAUGAAGCGGACAGUGUAUGUCUUGAGGGAGUUUAUACUUGAGUUGAGACAUACCGAACAUCAUGACGGAUGCCACCAAGGCUCAGCCGAUUACAGACACGGGCCUUAAUGUCAGAGAGUGAGGCAGCCCUGGGACACCUGCCUUGCCCUUUGCUUACCAAAAUAGCCCAACUAGGGAGGGAAAGACGCAAAACCUUCCUCUGCCACUCUUCCCUCUCCUGUACUGAAGCUGUUCCUCCUGCUCCACCCAUUCCGCCGCUCCACUCUGCCACCCAGGGGAGGAGGGAGCUGCCCUUGCAACCAAGCCUCCGCUGGUGGGUUCGGAGGACUCUGCAUCCUAGGGCAGCUGGAACGGCUCCCGGCCCUCCUUCAUUAGGCUGUGUCGGGGUUGUCAGGGCAACUGUUCACAGCAGGCAUCAUGUCAUCUCUUGCCCUCUGCUGUAUGCUGAAUGCUUCGCUGCGCUGUAGCAAAAAGAAGCCUGGGGAAGGUGCCACAGCAGGAAGGAGAGGCUGGGGUCUGAUCGAACAGGUUAGGCGGUCAGUCGGUCAGUCGGAGGGAGGCAUCUGAACUCCACAUGCCUUUAACGGAGACCUUCUGAAAUGGGUGUGUGCGUGCGAGUGCGCGUGCGUGCGUGCAUGUGCGAGAGUGUUUACUCACCAGCGCCCAUGCCUGCCUGUUGGGGGGAGUAAGUGGGAGGGGGCUGCUGCUAGGUGAGGGGGAGCUGCACGGCCCGAGUUGCCAAGUAGCUGGUAGUAUCUGUCAGCUGCUUGCACACUGUUUACCCACAGGGGAUCUGUUACAAGUGCUCAAAUGAACAGGCAGCUUAGGAACUAGCAGCUUCCUGGGAGCUGCAAUUACAUAAGCAUAUAUAUUUAAUAUAAUUGUGGGACAAGUAGCAGCGUUAUGCCUGGAUCAGCCACAGCUAUCCGACAAGAGAGAUUGAAGACGACCCACUCGAGGACUAUUCCCCUCGUUCUGUUCACCAUUAAUGAGGAAGAUGAGCUGCAAAAGAAUGGAAAUUCCAGAAGACCCAAAGCGUCUGAUGGCUAUAAAAUACAAGGAAAGAGACCUGCCCCCAGCCGCCCUACUUCCACACUUUCAGGACAAACGAGCAACCACUCAGGAAAUAAACCAGAUCCCCCACCUGUGCUACGGGUUGAUGACCGGCAGCGUCUGGCCAGAGAACGCCGUGAGGAACGAGAAAAACAGCUAGCUGCACGAGAAACCGUCUGGCUAGAGAGAGAAGAGCGAGCCCGGCAGCACUAUGAGAGGCACCUGGAGGCACGGAAGAAGAAGCUGGAGGACCAGCGGCUGAAGGAGGAGCGGAGGAGAGCUGCGGUGGAGGAGAAGCGGAGACAGAGGCUGGAGGAGGACAAGGAGCGCCAUGAAGCUGUUGUUCGGCGGACGAUGGAAAGGAGCCAGAAGCCGAAGCAGAAGUAUAACCGGUGGUCGUGGGGAAGCCCUCUCCACGGGAGCUCUAGCAUUCACAGUGGAGAUCCAGACAGGCGGUCAGUUUCCACCAUGAAUCUUUCGAAACAUGUCGAUCCUGUCAUUAGCAAGCGGCUCUCGUCCUCAUCUGCAACUUUGCUAAACUCUCCAGAUAGAGCUCGCCGCCUGCAGCUCAGCCCCUGGGAGAGCAGCGUUGUUAGCAGACUUCUGACGCCCACACAUUCGUUCCUGGCCAGAAGCAAAAGCACGGCCGCCUUGUCUGGAGACACAGUUAUCCCCAUUUGUCCUCAUUUAGCAUCUUGCAGCCCCAUCACCACGCCCUUCAAAACUGCACACUCUAGAAACCCAGUGGAUCGACCAAAACUCUUUAUAACGCCGCCCGAGGGCUCUGCUCGGAGGAGGACCAUUCACGGGAUAUCGAGCUAUAAAAGAGAACGAGAACACAUUCCCUUCCACGUUUCCCCUGGUGUCCGAAGGACUCUGUCUCCAUCUAAUCUCAAGGCGAGAUCCCCAGCUCCAGCCCGCCUUUGGCCCCCAUCCAAGUCCAUGCCUCAUCUGCCCGGGACACCCCGACCGGCAUCCUCCUUGACUCCUGGCCCCGUCAGAGCUGCUGCUUCUUCCUCGUCUCCUGGCAACAUCCGCCCUGUCAAGAGAGAAGUGAAAGUGGAGCCUGAGAAAAAAGACCCCGAGAAGAAAGUGACCAAUGACCCCACAAUAAAGGGCAGGGUGCCAUUAGUGAAGGUGGAGGAGGGCACAGUUGAAGAGGGGACACCCGUGAAGCCACCUGACCCUGCUGUUCCAGCCCCCACUCCAGCGACGGACCCAGCCCCAGCACCACCAUCACCAUCCUCUGUGAGUGUCGGUGUAAUUCCUAAGACUUCUGCAGGCACCACUGACCCAGAAGAGGCUACGAGGCUGCUGGCUGAGAAGAGGCGUCUAGCCAGAGAGCAAAGGGAGAAGGAAGAAAGGGAGAGGAAGGAGAAGGAAGAGCUGGAGAGACAAAAGAUAGAGGAAUUGGCGCGAAGGGUGGCUGAAGAGCGAAGUCGCAGGGAAGAGGAAGCGCGCAGGCUGGAAGCUGAGCAGGCGCGCAAGAGAGAGGAGCUGGCGCUGCGUCUGGCUGAAGAGGAGCGGGAGCGGUGGGAGAGGGAGGAGGUGGAGCGCGCACAGAAGCAGAAAGAAGAAGAAGCCCGAGCCCGGGAGGAGGCAGAGAAGGCUCGGCAGGAACGAGAGAAACAUUUUCAGAAAGAAGAGCAGGAGCGCCUGGAGAGGAAGAAGCGACUUGAAGAGAUCAUGAGAAGAACCAGAAGGACAGAGACAGCGGAUAAGAAAACCACUGGGCAAAGCAAUGGCGACAUGGUCAAAGGAGUUCUCGCCGGAGAGACAGAGGUAUCUGCCCUGCCAGGUGUGAACUCUCCAGGACAUGUCGAGUCUGCAGGCAGCACACAUGGAGUGGCUUUGCAGCAAUCAAAAGUGACCAUAGAGAGUUCUCCAGAUUUGGAGAAGCAGCCAAAUGAAAAUGGAAUGUCCACACAAAAUGAAAAUUUUGAAGAAAUUAUAAACUUACCUGUUGGAUCAAAAGCAUCCAGAUUAGACGUCUCCAAUGAGAACCCAGAAAUUCCCUUGAAACCAAUUUUGGCCUUUAAUGAUGAAGGGACACUUGGGCCCCUACCUCAGGUGGAUGGUGUGCAGACACAACAGACCACAGAAGUUAUAUGAGCGUUUCCUCUGAAGAACCAAAGCAAACAUUUUCUACGACGAAUGGAAUUUCAGGCUCCAAAGAGCCCCUCCCUCCAGUUUCCUAGAGUUCUUGACCAUCAUUUUUAAAAGACGUAUUAAAGUCAGCUCAAGACAACAGACUCAGUAGCUUUUCUAACCAUUUUCGCCAAUAGGAAGAAAUGCUCCUUAAUGCUCCUUAAUCUGAUACCCUGAGGUGGCAUUUUCCAGAAUGUCCCUCCUUAGUAAAUAAAUCAAUAUUUUUCUGAACUCUUUCAAAAAACAAAAAGAGCAUUUCAUUAUAAAAAGAAACGGGCAUGGUUAUCACAGGGAUCUUUUUUUUUUUUUUUCACUUUUAAACUUCAAUACAUAAGAUUGGCAAAAAUAAAAUACCUUUUACAACGUACUACUUGACAAUGGGUACCUCUUUGCCCUCCGGGUGGAGCGAGUGGAGGGUAGUCAAACAAACCUGUUUGUUUAAAUAUUACUGCAAAGGCAGUUUGUAGAGGCAGAAGGUGGCCAGGUUACCUGGCCGUCAUAAACACAGCUCGUAAACACGGGCAUCCUGCAGACCCAGCUGCCACUGUCUUCCUGAGACUCCAUUUACAGAACCACAAUGACAACUCUGAAAAUGUGAAGACAUUUUUUUCAGAGCAAGAAAAUAAUUCGCUGUCCUUUUUGUUUUUGUUUUUCCUACUUUUUUUGGAGAAUGGGUUUCUCUGUGUAGCCCUGGCUGUCCUAAAACUGGCUCUGGAGACCAGACUGACCUCGAACCCCACCUGCCUCUGCUUCCUGGGUGCUGAGAUCAGAGGCGCGCGACAGCCCCGCCUGGCUCAGCUGUCCUCCUAAGCGAUGUAUUUAUAAGAGCUUUUUUCCAGAUAGAUGAACUAGAACGGGACAGAGUGCAGACACGCUCCAGCAGAUGCACUCCGCCUGCCGCCCUGGGAGCCUGGAUGAUGAUGUGGGGCUCUCUGAUGUCUGUAUGCUGCUGCCACCCCCAGGGAUGGUGGGACUUCUCUCUCUUUGCCUUACGUGAUUGCAGAUGAUGUGGGGGAAAUGUUUAAUAUUCCUUUAGAUCAAUGAAUUUGGCUUCUGCUCGUUUCAGAGCAAUGAGAAAAAAUGGUGUCGAUGUCGGGGGACACGGACCGUCGCAAAUGUCCUCAGUGUAUAGCGACCCUCCGCUUUUCCUGUGUCCUCCUUCUUCCCUCUUGCUGCUCAGCCCAGCUGUACAAACCUGCACUUUGAUUUGCUAAUAUAAAUUCAGUUUUAUUUUCCCACUUAAGAGACAACCAAUGAGAAAUGGAGAAGGGAGUGCCGAGGCCAUGGCGUCUCCCUCCCACUGUGAUAUAUUGGUUUUAUACAAAGAGCGAUUGGUUAAUCUACAAGAUUUAAUGUGGAACUAUUCAUCUAUUGGGGUUCUUUUAAAUCCAGGCAUACAAUCUUUACCAACAGUUUGUAAAACAUUGUUAAGACAUCAAUUUGUGGGGUCUCCCCAUUUGGUUGUCCAUGUACAUCUAGAUAUUGUAUUAAAAAAAAUCUGUUCAACAAAUUUGUUCUAUUUAUUUAAAUCUACCAAACAUAAAAUACAAAUAAAAUGUUUGACAUA